AUGGGUUUAGUUGUCGUCGCUUUUGUCAUUAAAUUGUUUGUCAAUGGUGGGAGGAAAGUGACUGGACUCGUUUUUACUGGUCUUUCAUCGAUGGUAUUUGUACUGACUGUUAUUCUUCUCAUAUGCCUUUCUUGUAAGAAAUAUCCCGAUUAUAUUAUUGAGGAUGAAAGAGCCUUUGAAAAAGAACACAACUGUUGCAUCGAUUUUCAAACAGACGACGAAGGAAAAUACAAAUUGUGCCAAUGCCAACAACCGAUGGAUCAAGACGGAAAAUACACGUGGUGUGAUAAAUGUAGGCUUGGACAAGACACAGAUGCACUUGCAGCACUUGGAGCCGGAUUUGCUAUGUAUGGGGAAUUGUUAUGUGAAUUGGUUAUACUCUUCUGCUUUAUAGCUUUCACCGUAUUACUAUUUUUGUGUUCAGCGAAACUUGGAGAAAAUGGAUUUUCGCUACUUCCAAAUUAG